CUAAAUUAGUAUUAUACUUCUCCGGCCUCGAUCAUUUUGUGCUGACAGCAUCGCUUUUACCCCCCAAAAUUCACUCCAGAAUCUUCGAAUUUCCGCCAUGUCCUCCUCCACAUCCAACCACCAUCAGCCUUUCUCUGACUCCGAUUCUGAUUCCGACCAAUCCAACCACCACCAUCAACACACAGACCUCUCAAACUCAAUUUUCAAAUCCUACUUCUCACACACAAAAAACAUCAGCGAUAAUACCCAAUCACCAACGCCUCAAGACCUCAUAAAAAUCCAAUCUUUUUUAACCUCAUCAUCCUCAGGAGCACUUUCAUGUCUCAUUUGUCUCGAACGCAUCAAACCCUCAGAUCCAACUUGGUCCUGCUCUUCCUUAUGCUACGCCGUUUUCCACCUUCUCUGUAUACAAUCCUGGGCGCAGCAGUCCUCCAAUCUCUCCGCUUACCGUGCAUCCACGCGCCUCCCUAUCUCCCCUGAGAGAGCCGCAGAAACCGCCACCUGGAAUUGCCCCAAAUGCAGAUCAGUCUACACCAAAUCUCUAAUCCCGAAAACUUAUUUCUGCUUCUGUGGUAAAAUUGAAAACCCCCCACAUGAUAAUCCAUGGAUUUUACCACAUUCUUGCGGUGAAAUCUGUAAUAGACCAUUGAAAAAUAACUGCGGUCAUCAUUGCUUGUUACUUUGUCAUCCUGGGCCGUGUCCUUCUUGCCCCAAAUUAGUUAAAGUUAAAUGCUUUUGUGGCAAAAUUGAAGAUGUUAAAAGAUGUGGGUUCAAGUUCUUUUCAUGUAAUAAUAAAUGUGACAAGUUAUUAGAUUGCAAUAUUCAUAAAUGUGAAAAAAUUUGUCAUGAUGGAGAUUGCUGUCCUCCAUGUGAAAAUCGCGGAGUUUAUCGAUGUUUUUGUGGAAGGAGAAAGGAGGAGAGGAAGUGCUGCGAAAGGGAAUUUAAAUGUGAGAAUUCUUGUGAGAGAAUGUUAGGGUGUGGAAAGCAUGUAUGUGAAAGAGGGUGCCACUCAGGAGAAUGUGGAGAGUGUCCUCUUCAAGGGAAAAGGACUUGUCCUUGUGGAAAGAAAGUGUAUGAAGGAAUCGCUUGUGAUAUUGUUGUGCCAGUUUGUGGUGCUACUUGUGAUAAAACGUUGAGUUGUGGUUUGCAUAAGUGUCAUGAGAGGUGUCAUAGAGGACAGUGUAUUGAAACUUGUAGACUUGUGGUGACUAAGUCUUGCCGAUGCGGCGGCUUCAGGAAAGAGGUUCCAUGUUAUCAAGAUUUGGUAUGUGAAAGAAAGUGUCAAACAAUGAGAGAUUGUGGACGUCAUGCUUGCAGAAGGCGCUGCUGUGAUGGGGACUGCCCACCUUGUGCAGAGAUUUGUGGUAAGAGGCUUCGAUGUAAGAAUCACAAAUGCCCAUCACCAUGCCAUCGAGGUCCCUGUGCUCCUUGCCCUGUAAUGGUUACAAUCUCUUGUGCGUGUGGUGAGACACACUUUGAUGUUCCCUGUGGUACUGAGAUGGACCAAAAGCCUCCUAGAUGUCGUAAAUUGUGUGGUAUACCUCCUUUAUGCAGGCAUCGCUCUGAUUGCAAGCCGCACAGAUGCCAUUAUGGUGCAUGUCCUCCGUGUCGAUUACUUUGUGAAGAAGAAUAUCCAUGUGGCCAUAAGUGCAACUUGAGAUGUCACGGUCCAAGGCCCCCACCUAAUCCAGAAUUCACACUGAAACCAAAGAAAAAGAAACCAAAUCAUCCAAAUGAAUGUACUCCAGGAUCUCCCUGCCCUCCUUGCCCAGAACUUGUUUGGAGGUCUUGUGUCGGCCAGCACCUUGGAGCUGAGAGGAUGAUGGUCUGCUCGGACAGAACACUGUUUUCCUGUGAUAAUUUGUGUGGGAAUCCUCUGCCUUGCGGCAAUCACUACUGUACAAAAACUUGUCAUGCUUUGAAGAGCCAGUCCCCAAAAUCAUUGGUUCAACACCUCAGUGAGCCUUGCGAAAAAUGCCAUCUUCCUUGUGAAAAGGAGAGGAAGCCCAGUUGUGCGCAUCUCUGCCCUCUUGCAUGUCAUCCUGGGGAAUGCCCCCCUUGCAAAGUUCUUGUGAAACGAUCUUGUCACUGUGGUUCUAUGGUCCAUGUUUUUGAGUGCUUAUACUAUAACAGCUUGUCAGAGGAGAAGCAAAUGACUGUUCGCUCAUGUGGUGGAUCUUGUCACAGGAAGUUGCCCAAUUGUACACAUUUAUGCUCAGAGACCUGUCAUCCUGGUCAAUGCCCGUCAUCUGACAAGUGCAGUAAAAAGGUUACUGUCCGUUGUUCAUGCCAAACGUUGAAAAAAGAGUGGCUAUGUCAAGAUGUUCAAGCAGCUUACCGGAAAGCUGGUCGUGAUCCCAAAGAUGUCUCCAAAAGUCAAUUUGGAAGUGGACUUCUUCCUUGUAAUUCAGAUUGCAAGAGUAAAGCGCAAGUUGUUGAUCAGGAGUUGCAUUUGCGUAAAUUCAAAAAUUUAGAGGAAAAGGAGCCUGAUACUGUAAAGAAUGUAGCAAAGCGUAGAAAACGCCGUGAACGAGUACAAGAAACAAAGCAGAUCUCAAGACUUGAGAAAUUUGUCGCCACCAUCAAAUGGAUUCUUCUAGUAGUCACCCUUGUGGUGACUCUGGUAACAGUGGCACAUUUUGGCUACAAGGGUCUAAUGUGGCUCUCCGAUUGGAUGAAUGAAGUGGAAGAACAAAGACAAAGGCAAAGAUAUCCGCGAAUCUAAUCAUUCUCAAGGCCAGCUGCCACAUUAAACUCUUGGAGGAGUGAUAGGCAUUACAAAAAUUCUUUUUACUUGAAGCUUAAACAAUACUGAUUUCACCAAAUCAUCAGCAGACAGCAUAAAGUUUCUUUUAAUUUGUCUGAUAAAUUCAUUUACACCAUAGUUUUGUUCAAUAUAUACAAGACAGAAUGUAUAUCUUUACUAGAAGAAAGAAACAACAAACAGCAGGCCCCUGUAUCAGGUCUUACUUCCUAAUUUCUAUGUUAUAACUUUCUACUUUAUUAA